GACGGUUCCGUAAAAGUGGUCAAACUCUAGACUGUUUCUCUCUAUUGUUGUCACUUUUCUCAGACGCAACUUCCAAAGUUCGAAAUCCCCCCAUCUCAUCAACGAUUCUUCUCCUCAUCUCUCUGCAUAGAAUUCAUCAAUAGCUCUGCGCUGUCAAAGACUACUACUGUGUGUGUAUGUGUGAGAGAGAAAGGAAGAUUGUGAUUAAAGACGCAGUGAGAAGGCGGCAAUGGUGGUACUAACUCACCGCUCCAGUUUCAAUUGUUUCCAGUUCCACCCGUUGCCACCACUACUCCGCCGUCUCGGUGAAGGAGCAUCCCGGAAUUUUUGCAGCGUGCCACUUCCCCCUUUGAAGACUCAUAAUAGUUUCUGCUUCAAGGUCUGUUCUCUGACACAUUCAACGUCGGUAACCAGAAAUAUAUGUGACUUCCCUAACAAAAGAAGACCGGGUCAUGAAUUAUCGAACUCUUUUGGGCUGCUUGAGAAAUUUUGUAGAACAUAUGAAGAACUCAGUAAGAAUAAAAUCUGCAAAUUUUCAAGACACAUUGUUAGAUCUGAUCUUUCUGUAACUGGGUCUGUCGGUUCUUCCUAUCCAUUGCCAGAGAUUCAAGCAGGCUCCAAAUUGAGAGGAAUUUGCUUCUAUGCUGUUACUUCUUUUGUUGCCAUUUUUUUGUUUGUUUUGAUGGUGGUUUCACAUCCUUUUGUUCUCUUAUUUGAUCGGUACAAUAGAAAAGCACAACAUCUAAUUGCAAAAUGGUGGGCAUCAUUAACUAUAGCUCCAUUUUUUAAUAUCAAGUUUGAGGGUUUGGAAAACCUUCCUGCUCAGGAUUCUCCUGCUGUAUAUGUAUCCAACCACCAGAGUUUUCUGGACAUAUAUACCCUUCUUACUCUUGGGAGAAGCUUCAAGUUUAUUAGCAAAACUUCCAUAUUUCUCUUCCCCAUCAUUGGUUGGGCCAUGUAUCUCCUCGGUACUAUUCCUUUGAAGCGCAUGGAUAGCCGAAGUCAGUUGGAUUGUCUUAGAAGAUGCAUGGAUCUUGUCAAGAAGGGAGCAUCUGUUUUCUUUUUCCCAGAGGGCACUAGGAGUAGAAAUGGAACAUUGGGGACUUUUAAGGUGAUGGCUGUAACAGAAUUUUCCAAUUAAGGAUACAUCCAUCAUUAGUGAACACCCAUUUUAGGGCUUUCGGUCAUACAGCUGACACAGUUAUAUAGAUGCAAUGAGCUAAAUGAGGUUCACUGUCUACUUAAUUUAGUAAAAAGGAGGAUGACUGUUGAAAUACACUUGGUUAAUGUCCAGAACUUGGGAUUCCUUAUCUCUUCUCUCUUUAAUUUCGUUAAAAUGAGGAUGACCUGUAGAAAUACACUUGGGUAAUGUCCAGAACUAGGGAUUCUUUAUCUCCUCAUUGCCUUCCUUGGUACAUUGGAUUGUUGAAUUUGUGUAUUGAGGAGCAUAAACUUUCUGAGUUAUUUCUUUUGGUUUACAGAAAGGUGCAUUCACCGUUGCUGCAAAACUUGGAGUGCCUGUGAUUCCGAUUACUCUUAUCGGAACUGGUAAAAUAAUGCCUGCAGGGAUGGAAGGUCAACUUAAUCCGGGAGCAGUUAAAGUUGUUGUUCACCCUCCAAUAUUAGGAAAGGAUGCCAACUUCUUGUGCAAUGAGUCUAGGAAUGUGAUAGCAGAUGUCCUGAUUUGCGAAGGCUAUAAAGUCUUAUAGAGAAUGUUUUUAGAUGUCUCUAUUUGGGAAUCUAUCGUCUAUGAGAUAUUCUGGCUUAAAGGUGCGGAAUUUUUUAGUUUUCUUAUCUUCAUGAUUUUUAUAUAUUUGUUUAUUUUUCCUUUGAUUCAACUGGAUACUUGAAUAAGCAUUUCCUUGACAAUUUGUUAAUUUAUCUCCUGUAAAAAUCAUUUAUCAGCUUAUGGAAACAGACACUUUUUUCUAGCUUUUGCAACUUUAAUUUUUGGUGGGGCGCGUAGAAGAUAAUAGAAGGUGCAUUAGAGAUGCAAUAAGUGAAACUAGGUUUACUGGUAAAAAUGGUGAGAUAGGAGCAUCUGAAAUAAUGGAAGUUUAGUUUCAGAGAGAACAUGGGGCACUGACUUUGAUGAGUCAUCUGGUAUGAGAGCAGCUAGUAGAACAUUAUAGUCCUGAUUCUAGAGUGGGUAAGACUGAGGCCACUGUACUCCCACUUUCGUGCUGGAAAGAAAAUCCAACUAUUUACUGCACAUGCUGUGGUGUAGUUCAUCUUGAUUUUGAAGUUUCAGUUUUCACUUGAUUGCCAGUAGUAUCACACUCCAUAAGCUUUCUGUUGUUUCAUUUGCUGCAUUUAUGUUGUAUCAACCGUUUCUACAUUUUGUCGAAUUCUGCAGUUUGUUUCUGUUCUUUAGCUUAUAGAAGCAUAGAAGAUGUGACAUAUUUUGAGAUCUGUAUGUGUCUUGUGUAAGCAUAUAUAUGCUGUUUUAUUCAUUUAAUGCACCUUUUGCUUACGUACUAUUUCAUGGAGGCUGGCAGAUAUCAAAGAAAACCUGUUAUCAAAAUGUAUUCUCCUUUUGGAUUCUGAUAUUCCAACUAGAACCAAAUUGAAUUUCAUAUAAAGAUGUUGGUCUUCCGACCAGAUCCCCCAAAAACCAUUUGUGGUUUCUUGAUCUGCAGCAUUCCUUUGUGGUUUCUUCCACAGCUUGUUUUGAUACUCAAGAAAUCACUAACCUUGCCUUGUCAUUCAAUUUUCACCUCUUCGAUCCCUUGGAAUUGUUUCAAGCAGGACUUUGAUGUUGUAGUUACUUUCUUCAUUAAGUUGUUGAUGAUGAUAAUGAUACUAUUCUAGUUCAUUUCACAGAUGUCAAGAAAAAUUUUAAUUUCCUCAAUUUUCCAUUCACUUGUUUAUGUACCCUUUUCCUGCAGAUGUUGCGGGUUGAACUUGAGACUUAGAAUCCGAAAGGUUUUGUUCAAAUUGCUGCUUUCUAUGUGCACGACGUUUUUUUACAGCAACUGCUGGAGAUCCAGUUGUUAUAUGUGAUAAAUUUUGAGGCGUUCUAUUGUGGAGACUGAGAAAGAAGAUUGUUGCAUAGAUACAAGAAAACUCCCUCUAACUUGAGGGAAACAUGGCAAGGAAAUAACUCAUGCAUGGAGACAAUAAGAGUAUACUAAUUUAACUAAUAAGGGAUAGAAGGUUUUAAUUUGGGAAGAUGAGCGAUUUUGAUUUAGAAAAAGGAGAGGGGCUUUCUUGUAUUUUUAUUUUUUUUAUAUGGCUUCUCAAGGGGGUGAAUUUCUCGACCCUAUUUAAGACGUUGAAUCUCAUGUGAUCAUUAGGGAUUUAUGAUCAUUGUCAUAGUAUUAAAAUUUUAAUAAAGAUGGUUGAAAUGCCGAACUACUUUACUAGGAAACCAGCUAUGAAGAACGUAAUCUGUCAUUAGAGAAAAAUGCUCGCAAGGAAAAAGUGUAAAAGUUACAAAUACGUGCUUGAUAUAGAAGGAGUAAAUGAAUUCUCCUUCUCCAAUGAUAAUUAUUAUGAGGAUGACUUCAAUCCCGAC